CGCGGUCACACUGCUGCCGACAAAUAAAGAACAAUAAUUCCGUUUGUUGCACAAAAAAUACAUAAAUUUAAUCGCAAUUGAUAAUUAAUUACUGUGCUUACACAUACAAAGUGCAUGUGCGUGUGUGGUGGCCGUCGGUGGAACAAAAUUGUUAAUUAGAGCAUCGAAAUAGACGCGUGUAAAAAUUUGCGGAAUUAUCGUCGUGGUCGUGUCAUUAGAAAAAGAAGAGAGCGAGCGAGCGAACGAGAGCCGCCGCGAAAGCAGCCACCAGGCCAUCUCAGUGGCAGCCGUAGCCACUGUUGCCGCAUUUGGCCGCCCGCACGCAUAAAAUAUGAUCAAAUUGCUACGAAAUUGAUUUCAAUUGGCGACUCAACAAAAGCAAACGAAUCUUCAAUGUUUGACGCCUGCAGCGAAUCUUGAGAAUCAUUUCACCCCUCCAAAAAGAAGAAGCAACGGAGUAAGCCAAGAACUUGAGGUUUGGUUCCCAAAGAAUGGCGCAGACAACACAGCUGCAGCAGGCAGCGCCACCGCCAUCAUCGGUCGGAGCAGGCACUGCAGCUCCCGCAGCAGCAGGAGCAGCCCAGGCGCAGCCACCGCCAGUUGCUGCCACAACACCCGUGUCGAAUCCAUCCACGCCACAGCCACCGAGCAGCAACAAUAACAACAACAACAAUAAUAAUAAUAGUGUUGUGUCACCCGCUGGUAACAACAAUAAUAACGUGAUGGCGGCACCCGUGCAUGCGUUCACACCCGCCGGACAGCCGAUAUACAACCUAUGUACACCUAUGCCCGCUCAUGGAGGACAUCCGCAUGCGGGCGGCCACUAUGCUGCGACCAUGCUCCAGGCACCCAUUUCGAGCAGCGUCUAUGUGAACCAAGUCACUGCCAAUGUGAAUCUGCAUGGCUGGUCGCACUCGGUUCCCGCCUACAUACCCGGAGCAGGACAGGCCCAUUACAUGCCCCACGGCGACAUGCCACAGGACCAGCAGGGCAAUCCAUUGAUGCAACAACUGCAGCAGGUGCCGAUUAACUUGGCUACCCAGGGCGUCAGUCCCAAUCAGCAUAAUCCUAACAUGGGUGGACGCGGACGCUUACGUGGGCGCGGCGGUAGAGGUGGCCCGCGACGCAAUGACUACCAUCCACGUCAUCUGCAACAACAACAACAGCAGCAACAACAGCUGAUUCCCCUUCCCCCACAGCAACAGCUGCAGCAGGACAGCGCCGGCGCUGGGGCGCCCAACAUGCAACUGCAGCCGGAGCAUCAGCUGGUUGCCGGGCCGCCCGAUGGGCAAAUGCAACCUGUGCCCUACUACCCCCAUCCUUACACCUAUGGGCCAUAUCCCGCAGCCUAUUUUGCGCCGCAGCAUGCGGCCCUGCAGGCUCCGCCCAAUGCUGGCGCAGCGGCGGCGGCCCAGCAGGUUACCGGCCCCCCGAUCUACAUGCCGUUCAUGUAUCCGAACGCCAUGUACAACUGCAUGGGAGGCUACGUAUACCAGCAUCUCAUCCCACAGCCAGAGUAUCCAUACGUGCCCGAGGAUGGCAGCCAGCCGGGUGGCGUAGAUGAGCGUGGACAACAGCCGGACGGGGGCAUGCCACAGAUCUGGCAUCCCGGCCCCAUGUAUGCGGAGGAAUAUGCCGAUGUGCUUCAACAGCAGCAGCAACAACAACAGCAGCAGCAGGUCUCGAAUCCGAAUGGAGCACCUGGUCUCGGCGAUGAGCUCAACCACAACAACUUCUCGCUGCCAUCCUCGGAAACGGGCAGCAUGCUGAGCCCCAGCUGUUCCGUCUAUGAGGCGUCGAUCCAUGAGAUGCAGCACCAAAUGGGCGUCAUGCAGAUCUACGACGAUGGUCAGAUGGCCUCCCUGCAGACCAUUCACCCGGGCGCUGGUCCAGUCCAACAGUACGUGGACGAGCUAGCGGAAUGCGUUGUGGGACCGCCUGGUGCCAUUCCUGUGGAAUGGGCAGCUCCGAUACCAAUGGCCGGUCCAGCUGGCAUGCUGCCGCCACCUCCACAGUGGCAGGCGGGGCAGGAAUGGCAACAACCGCCAACAGUGGCCAUAGAACAGCAGCAGCAACCGCAAAUGAUUCAGCCGCAGCCACCACAAGCCCCCACACCGACGCCACAGCAGCAGCCGCCGCAUCAGGAUCAGCUGGUUGUUGAGAAGAAUUUGAUGAACAAUAAUAAUGAAGUUCCUUUGGAGGAGAUUCUGAGCAAUGAAAAGCAGCAGCAAAUCGAAAUGGAGUAUCAGCAGCAACAGCAGCAACAGGCGCAUCCACCUCCACAACAGCAGCAACAGUUGCCACAACAGAUUGAGAAGCAGGCAACGAAAGUGGCUGCCAAUUUGGUGGUGGCAACAGUGGCACAACAGCAACAGCAGCAGCAGCAACAGGCGGCUCCGCAGCAUCAUCAACAGCAACAGACAUCGCCAGUGGUGGUGCCACAGCAGCAGCAGCAACAACAGCAGCAGCACCACCAUCAACAGCAGCCACAGACCGGCUACCAUGAGGUGCAACAUCAACAGUCACAGCAGCAGCAUCAGCAACAUCAACAGCAGCAACAGGCGCCACAACAGCAAGUGCGAAAGCCGCCACAGCAAUACAAUCAAUCGCAACAGCAUCAGGUGCGUCGCAAGUACUCGUCGGAGUACAAUCAUCAUCACCAGGGAGCUGGAGGUAGCAACAGCAGCGAGACGGGGAUACAGACAACAAAGACCAUGUCCUGGACAAACUCCGCGCAGCACAAGAAGUCCACGCAGUCCGUUUCCGUGACGGCAUCGCCCAACAAUGUUAAUAAUGGGCCAGGAGGAGCUGCAGCAGCAGCAGCCGCAGGAGGAGGCAGUGGAGGAUUUAGCAAAUCCGGCAGCUACAGUCACUCCACAAAGACGUACACCAAUCAGCAGCAUUACCAGCAGCAGCACUAUCAGAAUAAUUAUACGAACAACAGCAGCACCAGCAGCAAUAGCAGCAGCAACGCUGGCGGCAACAACAACAGCAGCAGCAGUGCCAGCAACAAUCAACAACAACAGCAGCAGCAGCCGCAGCAGCAGCAGCAACAGCCCCAAGUGCGCACCUAUGGCACGAUGAAGGUGCCCUCGUCGCCAGUGGCCAGCAAUGCCCCUUUGCUGGAGAGAAAGAACAGUCAGCAGGGAGGUGCCACAGUAGCUGCAGCAGCAACAACUACCUCAACGGCGAGCAUAACAGCAACGCCAAGCCAUUUCCAGCAACAGGAGACGAGCAAUGCAACGGCAACAGCAGCAGCUCCUCAGCAGCAGCAGCAAUCACAUUACCACCAGCAACAGCAGCAGCAGCCACAACCUGCCACACAGCAACAAUAUGCUGCACCGCCAGCGGCCGCCACCAAGACCUAUAGCAGCUAUGCGGCCAAGCGGCAGCAUACUGUUUACGAGCAGCCAGCACUAAGCUCCGUGGUAUCCGCAUCCGCAUCCUCCUCCACUUCCGCCAAUACCCAGCCGCAGCUGAAUCUGGCCCCGCCCGCACCACCCGCUUCGCAAAGCAAUCAAAACAGCUCCGAGAGCUCGCAGCCCUCGUGGGCGAGUCUGUUUGCCAACAAGAAGCCAGUGGCCAAGGUGGCACCGUACGAGGCCAACAAGCCAACACCCGCACCGGCGCCUUUGCCAGUUCUACCGCCAGUGCAGCAGUUGGCACCGCCACAGCCACAGCUACAGCAGGCCCCACCAAAACCACAACUGAAGCCGCAACCACAACUGCAGCCACAGCCAAAACUACAGCCACUUUUGCCAGCCCCAACGGCUCAUCAGCAACUGCAACUCCCAGCGCCUGUGCCUGCGCCCAUCACACCUUUGAUAACACCCGGAACGCUCUCCUAUUCGGCUGCCUCGGCACAGGCGAUGCCAGCGCCCAGUCCCUCGGCAUCCAUCAAACCUCUGAAACCAGAGCCUGUUGCGCGUCCUGCGGCCCAACUCGAUGAGUGGACCAACAAGUAUGCAGAUUUCCUGACACGCCAGAAGACAAAUUUGGCGCCCAUCAGCCUGCGUCCCCGAGGACUGACCAAUCGCUCAAACUAUUGUUACAUCAACUCUAUACUCCAAGCGCUGCUGGGCUGUUCGCCGUUCUACAAUCUGCUGCGAUCGAUACCCAAGCAGGCGGCGGUUCUGAGUGACGUGAAGACGCCCACAGUAAAUGCCAUGAUGUCUUUUAUGACCAACUUUUCAUCGCUGCCCAGUGGGCUGCGUCUGCGUUUGAACACCCUCAACAAGGCGGCCCAGAACAAGGGCAAAGAUGAAUUUGCUGGCACGGAUCUGCAGUGCGAUAUUGCCUUUGAGCCCACAGAUAUUUACAAGCUGUGGAACGACAGCCGCGAGGAGCAUGUCGAGGGUCGCCAGGAGGAUGCCGAGGAGUUUUUGGGUUAUGUUUUGAAUAAACUCAACGAUGAGAUGUUGGAGGUAAUUAAACUGAUUGCCAAGCCCGUGCCACAGCAGAAUGGCCAAGAGCAGCCGGAGCCCGAAGAUGGUGGCGAGGUCUGGCAGAUGAUCUGCAACAAUCGCAACAAGGGCAGUGUCACACGCCAAACAGAUUUUGGACGCACUCCCAUCAGCGACAUCUUUCGCGGAGAAUUGCGCUCCCGUUUGCAGCGCGAGGGAGAACACUCCACGGAUGUGAUUCAGCCAUUCUUUACUCUACAGUUGAACAUUGAAAAAGCCGCUUCUGUCAAGGAAGCUCUAGAGAUCCUGGUGGGUCGUGAUCAAUUAGAGGGCGUUACGGGCAGCAAGACCAAACAGGAAGUGGUGGCCUGGCAGCAAAUGACCCUCGAGAAGCUGCCAGUUGUACUGAUAUUGCAUUUAAAGUACUUUGAUUACCGAUCCGAUGGUUGCACAAAGAUCCUAAAGAAAGUCGAGUUCCCCGCCGAACUGAAGAUCGAUGCCAAGAUACUUGGCUCGAAGAAAAUCUCCCAGAAGCAGCGUGCCUACCGAUUGUUCGCUGUGGUCUAUCAUGACGGAAAGGAGGCCUCGAAGGGGCACUAUAUUACGGAUGUGUUCCACACGGGGUACAACAAUUGGUUGCGGUAUGACGACAGUUCGGUGAAACCGAUUAGCGAGAAGCAAGUGCUGCAGCCGCAUACGCCGCGGGUGCCUUAUCUACUCUACUAUCGUCGCUCCGAUACCAUACAGCAUACCACACAGCCGCACCAGCAGCAGGCAAAUGGAGGCGGUGCAUCGGGAGGCGUUGUGGGAGGAUCAACAUCCAAUUCGGACGCCAAUAAGUGAAAAGAAACUUGUAAAAUAUAUCAGAUACACAGAUAACUAUAAGUGCUAGGCGAUAUUGAGUGAGCGAGAGUGAGAGAGCGAGCGAGUGAGUGAAAGAAUUUGGUUUUUAGAUGCAUAUACAUUAUACAUAUACAAACAACAUAGCGAUUAAGAUAUACAUAUAUUCAAGUGGUAAAUUAAGCCAAAAGUCCAAAGCGCAUGUGUGCGAGAUGUGAAGAGUGUGAGUGAAGCAAGGAACCAUAGCUCUAAGCUUAGGAAUUAGUGAUUAAGAUGACACAUUGAAACGAAUUCGUUGUACAAAGUGGCAGAAGAAAUUGUUGUAUAAAAACUACCGAGCAAAAGGCAGUAACAUUCGUAGCAAAGAGUAGCGAAAGUGAAACGAACACUCGGUAAAACUGAACAGCGAGAGAAAAAAUAUCAUCUAUAAAUUAGUGCUAAAGAAAAACUAGCUACACCCCAAUUUACACAUUUUCUGUAAUCAUUUCUUCAUGGCACAAAAAAAGUAAUCUAGCCAUUAACGUUAGUCAGUGUAUAGCCCCUCCUGUCCCCCCUAGAAUUCUUCGAUUUAUGACAAAAGAUUUAGUGCUGUAAAUAGUAUACAAAAUAACUAUAUAUUGUACUGCAGUUUUACUCGUGUGUGACAUGCAGCAUGUGCAUUUAGACGCCCAACAAUAUAUGGAAUGCUUUGAAUAUGCUUUAAAAAGAAUAUAUAGAAACCAGAAGACUCUCUUUCGAUUGGGAGCAACAACCAGAUCAUAGAACCUUCAACAGAAACACGUUCAUUUUGUAAUUUAUUAUUUUAUGUUGUUUAGUUUUACUUAGAAAUCCGUUUAAGGACAGGCGUAUAUGAUAUAUUAUAUCCAUAUAUAUUACACAAAUUGUUAUUCAUAGUUAGUCAAACGUCCAACGAGACAGAUGGGUACAUACAUAAUACAGAUUUUUGGAUUCGUUGUGUUUGCGCCUUUAUGAUAUUCGAACACCACAGUUUGCUUAGGUCUAGGGUCGCAUAUAUGUAUAGCAUACUAUAUAGGUUUAUAUAACUUCUUAGAGAAUUGUUUGUGGGGAUUGAAAGGAAACGAAAAUGAGAACUAAAAACAAAACAUAAACACUAAUCAAUCAUUUACAUAUAUAUUUUCAUAGGCUAUAUAACACCAUAUAUAUUAUUUAUAGAUAUCGUGCCAAUGUUUAAAAAAGAAAACAGCUAAAAAACAGAAGAAACUAAAUUUGUAAAACUUGUCAAAGCUUUGUAUAGUCAUUCGGCUAGGCGAUAAGUGAGAAUAUAAUGAUUAUUCAUCAACAUAUAGACAGACCAUCAUCAUCAUCGAUAAAUGUGCUGAUAACAGACAAGUGCUGACAUUCAAGUGGAUAAAUGAUUCAUGGAUCCGUUUGAUUGUCAGGACUUCUGAAACACAAAACAAUUUAUUCUUAAGAUAGAACACACAUACAGAAAUGACGUACAGAAAACCAAUAUAAAUCGAUAUAUGUAUAAUAUAUAUAUUUUGAUGUUAUACAUACACACCAACACACACACACACAACACACAUAUGAAUUAAUUGUAAGCCCAAAAUUAUAGGAAAGCAUUUUUUUGAUAGAAACUUGUACGCGUCAUCUAUGCGUUCUGCUAGUUAAAAAAUAGGUUCCUAAAAUUAUACGAGAAAAAUACCCGAUAAAAACCACAAAAAAAAAAACACAAAACACAAGGAAAAUAACACAAAAAACAAGGACAAAUGUUAGAAUCGUAAAUGGAAAAGCGAUAAGCGAAACAAUAAUAUUAAUAAUAUAAUGGAUGUAGUCUAAAGCCAAGCUAAAAAAAAAACCAUCAACAAUUAACAACAACAACUAACAUUAUAAUACAUUUAACUAUAAAUACAAUUUAUACAAGAAAAACAAAAAGUAAUACCAACCAAGCGAGAAAAUUGGUGGCAAAAGACCUGAAAAAUGUAUCGGAGUAAUGUUUAUACUAUAUUAAUAAUGUAUGUAUAUUUUUGCAAGCGAAAUUAUAAUGUCAAACAUAUUAACGAAACGAUAAAGAAUAGGAUAAAGCGAUAGAUCGAUCAUAAAUCGGUAAUAAAGACGUAAAACAGUUUCGCUUAUAUUAAAGUAUGAUUUUUUUUAACCCUAUUUUUGUUAUGUAACUUAUGGAAUACUCCAAAAAGUAAUGUUUAUUGUAUUUUUUUAAAUAUAGUCCUUUUUUGUCCUUCCCAGCCCUGUGUGGUAGUGCGUUUCAUAGCUGUAAAUCGAUGAAAACCCUGAGUUUAUAGUUUAAAAUAUGGAAUAUCGUUUCACCUUUUGCCUUAAUUCAAAGAAAGCCUUAAUUAAAUUACCGCCUUUUAUGAGAUAUGCAACUAUUUUUUCUGACACACUAGCUACCGACUUGUGCUUGUGAAACGCACUGUACACUCUCUAAAUUCCAAUAUUUUUGUCGUUUCUGUUCCAUUUAUCGUGUUAUAUUUUGGUAAUUGUUUGUGUGAACCUUUUAACAUUAUGUUUGUCCCCAUGAUUUAAUGUAUGACUUAGUCCUUAAGUAGUUUCUAAGGCUGUGUAACUAAACAAAACUAAAAACAAGAGUAUGUACUAACAAAAAAACAAAACCUAUGGCUUACGGACAUAUGUAUAUCCCUUUUGAUUGGUUGUUGUAUUUGAGUUUAGCGCCGUACAAUUUUUGUUUAUUUUGAAUAUGAUUUCGAGGCGGGAUAAACAGAAAUUGGCAAGUGCACUUACUAAGCGUAUAAUGAAAUACAAAUGAAGUACAUUAUAUAAUGAAUCGAUUAUAAAAGCCUAAGCUCUAAGUACGAUACAAACUAAUAUUACGAUAUAAAAAGUGUUUUGUAAACCAUUUUCUAAGGCUUGAAGCAAAAGGGUCAACGAAAGGGCUGGAAAAGGCUCACAAGCAAUGGCCAGAAAAGCAAAAUAAAGUGUAAAAGAACACACAAAAAAAUCAAAGUGAAGCAAAGCUAAGCAAAAUGAUAGCGAAAGCUUAAAUAUUUAGUCCACAUUUUAGUCUAAACAA